AUGUCAUCAUCACCUCGACCUUCAUUAAGGAAUAAUAAUCGUCGAGUCGCGAGUCCAAGUCCAAGUAUUAGACCAAUAUCAAAUAGAAGAGUUCAUGAACUGGAUAGAUUAUUAAAUAAAAUAGAUUCAAUUAGAUAUACAACUGAUGAAGAUGAUAAUUGUUCAAUAAAUUAUUCACAAUAUACUCCUACGUCUUCUAAUAUAGAUCAUUUAGAAUGGUCAGAUAUUUUACCUUAUUAUUUACCUUGUUUAUCAUGGAUUAAAAAAUAUAAUUUAAAAUAUUUUAUUGGUGAUUUAAUUGGUGGUUUAACUUUAGUAUUUUUUCAAUUACCUUUAUCAUUAUCAUAUGCAACUACUUUAGCUCAUGUACCUGUUAUUUCUGGAUUAUAUUCUUUAGGAUUAUCUCCUUUAAUGUAUAUGAUAUUUGGAAGUGUACCUCAAAUGGUUGUGGGACCAGAAGGUCCAAUAUCUUUGGUUGUUGGACAAGCAGUUGAACCAUUAUUACAUCAUGCAAAAAAGAAGAAUUUAGAUCCUUUGGAAUAUGUUGCAGUUGUUACAUUUAUAAGUGGUGCAAGUUUAUUGGGAUUUGGAUUAGGUAGGUUUGGUUUUUUGGACAAUGUAUUGAGUCCAUCUUUAUUAAAAGGAUUUAUUGCAGGUGUGGGGAUAGUAAUGAUUAUAAAUUCAUUGAUCAUAAUAUUAGGAUUAGAAGCUUUACUAAAAAAAAUUUCUGAUGAUCCAAAUCAAAUGGAUAUACAUUCACCAUUUGAUAAAGUUGUUUUUCUAAUAAUGAAAUGUAAAGAAUUUGAUUCGUUAAGUUUAAAAAUUGGUUUAGUUGGAUUUGUUAUUAUAAUGACUGCAAAAUUUUUUAAGAAAAAACAUCCAAAAUUAAUAUUAGUUCCCGAAAUUUUAAUUGUAGUUGUUACUGCAACUAUACUUUGUCAAGUUAAUAGAUGGGAUUUGAAAGGAUUGCCAGUAAUUGGUAAAGUCAAAAACAGUAAUAACUUAACUUUAUAUAAUCCAUUCCUGUGGAAAUUAAUUAAAAAAUUAGGAACUUCUGGAUUUUUAUGUGCAAUGUUGGGAUUUUUUGAAUCAACUACAGCUUCAAAAUCUUUAGGUUCAAGUUUUGAUUUACCUAUUUCUUCGAAUAGAGAAUUAGUUGCUUUAGGAAGUUUGAAUAUUUUUGGAUCAUUUUUUGGUGCAUUACCAGCAUUUGGUGGUUAUGGAAGAAGUAAAAUAAAUGCAAUUUCAGCAAAAACAACAAUGUCAGGUGCAAUAAUGGGAUUAGUUACUAUUUUCACUAUUCAAGUUCUUUUGGAUUAUUUAUAUUUCGUUCCAGAAUGUAUUUUGAGUGUAGUUAUUGCAGUUAUUGGUAUAUCAUUAAUUGAAGAAGCUCCUUAUGAGUUAUAUUUUUAUUGGAGAACUGGUGGAACUGAUGAAAUAAUUACGUUUGCAAUUACUGUUUUUACCACAUUAUUUUUUUCCAUAGAAGGUGGUAUAGCUGUUGGAUUGAUUUAUUCAUUAAUAAGAGUUGUUAAAAACUCAGCUGAAUCAAGAAUACAAAUCUUAGGAAGAAUUCCAAAUUCAAAUACAUUUGUUGAUGCUGAUAUUCCAGUAACAACUCAAGUAGGUUCUCAAUUAAACAUUUUUAAUGAUAUGAGACAAACUCAUUUAAAUCAUGGUGCAAUUGAAGAAGUUGAAGGUUGUUUAAUUAUAAAAAUACCUGAACCUUUAAGUUUCACCAAUUGUAGUGACUUAUUAGUCAGAUUGAAAAGAGUGGAAAUGUAUGGUUCGACAAGAGCUCAUCCAGCACUGAAAAGAAGUAGAGAUUUAACAAUGACUCAAUAUGUUAUAUUUGACUUAGAUAGUAUGAAUGCAAUUGAUUCUUCAGCUGCAAAGACAAUGAAAGAAUUAAUAAUGAACUACCAAAAAAGAGAAAUAAAAUCAUGUUUUGUCAAAGUAGCCAAGUCAGUUAGACCAAUCCUAGAGCAUUCAGGUAUAAGUGAUUUACUACGAAAUGAUUUAAAAAAAUUAAAAUAUUAUGAAAUUCAAAAUUUAGCUGAUAAUAGUGAAAAUGAUGGCAUAAAAAGAUGUCAUAAAUUAAUUGUUGAUGAUCCAUAUUUUGAUCAUAUUCUGGACACUUUAAAGUUAAUUGAUUGUUUUGAAAAUAUGAAUGUAUAG